AUGUCCGAUACAUUCGAAUGGGCAUCCACCAAAGGGCUCACAACUCUCAGGCAUAUUAUGGAUACAAUUCUACCGUAUAAUGCAGAGGAAAAUCACGCUUAUGAGUCUGCCUGUGUCCUCGAUGGACGUGAUCAGUUAUGGAGCGUGGAAUCGGCCCAGCAGAUGUCGGACGAACGGAUUUUGACGACGAAGGACACUGGACUUGUUGAUAGCGGUAUCGAGUUCGAAUCGGAUGGAUGGCAGGGUAAAGGGACACUGGUAUGGGAAGGAGAUACAAACCUUGUUGGGGAAGUCAUGAUGGUCGUCGACAUCGAGGAUGUGGCAGAGGUGGGAGGUGCAGGGUACAGUAGUGACGACAAAGCGGAUUCGGCGGAAGAGCAGGAUGAUGGGGAUGAGAAGAUCACCGAAUGCGGCGGUGACGGUGACGAGAAUGACGAUACAGAGGAAGAGAGGGAACAGGAAGAGGAGGAGGAGGAGGACGAUAUGGAUGUGGACGACGUACCCAGCAAGGAAGGCAACACCGAACCCACGCUGAUACCGAAGAACCGUCGCCGAUCUCGCAGGAGCAAGGAGAAGGCCUGCAUUGCCUUCUUGCUGAUCAUCGCAGCCUGGGCACAAGACAAAUGCAUACAACGUCAGACCAACAUCGUGUUCAACGGGAUUGGAGCUGUGGGGACUCACCGAGACUGCGGUCGAUGCAGUGCCCAACCCAGCUCUGCAUCAGCCCAAGGACCCAUGGUGAUUGACAAGGUCCCGGACAAUACUUUCCAAUACCUACAACUCAACCAAAAGGACCGAAAAAAAGUCGCUCAGAAAAUUGCUGCCUGGGUGCGCGAAGUCCGUCUACAAAGCGCACGACAUGCCGACUUGCUCUGCAUUCGGAGUAGUCAGUUUCUUUCCGAGGCGUAUAUCGACGCAAGCACCAGUGAAUUUCACCUACUCACCUCGAAGUAUGACUUGAAGAGGCGACUUGUGGGAUGGAAUGGCAGGCGAACAAGGCGCACGGUGGCCACCGGUGCAGCCACAUCUGAGUCCAAACUACGCGCAAGAGAAUUCACGCUCCGCCCCAAAGGACCCACUCUCGUAAUUUCUCCGUCUCAACACUCUCUUCGCACCAUGCCAGCAGAUUUCACAGUCCAAUCCUCUGAGUGGCCCGUGAAAGGAGAAAGGGAAGUCGAGGCUUGGCUUCAGAGCGUUCGCAGCGACUGGAAGCAACUAAUGAAAGUCAGAACGGCAACCCAUGAGAACAUCGAGAAAAUCCUGGACGGCUUUAUCGACUACUACCUCAAACCCCUAUGUUAUUACUUGCUCGAGACAAGUCGGGCUAACUUAGACAUAUCUUUGAGACCGGAUGCAAAGGACUAG